AUGUUAUUUUCAUAUGAUCGUGUAAAAAUUAUUAUUUGUAUAAUUUUUUGUAUAAGUUUAAGCUUUGGAAUUAUAUGUGCAUUUUAUAAAUCAAAAUUUUCAUAUGAUGAGGCAUCUAGAACAAUAUAUUCAUUACAUUUUGCUACCGGAAUCAACCUAUGGGUUAGAAUAAUUUUUAAUAUUAUUAUGAUAAUUAUAGUUUUGACAAGUCUUAUAUUUAAUAUACUUGAUGCUCACCAUUUAAUUAAUGCAAAAGUUUUUGAUAAUUCUAAAAAAAAAAAAACAUAUUGGUUUCCUUUGUAUGCUGGUUUUUUAUUUAUAACAUCAACAUUAAUUGAAGCAUGUUUUACAAUGAGAUAUAUAUCAAAUAUUAUUAAUAAUUCAAAAUUAUGUAUUAUAUCAUUUAAUCUUCUUUAUAUAAUUGGAGAUGUCACAAUUUUUGGUGAUUUUUACUUUUUUUUACUUUUUAGCACAGAUAUAAGACGUGAAAUUAAAAUUUACUUUAUGAAAAUAUAUCCAAGGAAAAAAAACAACACAGCAAUAAUUUCAACUAAUUAA